UGCCACACGCUACGAGCGUUCAUAAGCGCUAGAGUCGUGUCCGACUUUCCAAUAUGUCCACGUAGGAUCCCGAGUUCCCUUAUCCCGCGGAAGAAUCAUCCGACGGACGAUGGCUUCGUAGCCGUAAGAGCCCCUUGACAAUUAAAUGUGACCAUGGCCAGUCCACGGACGCGACGAGUAUUAGGUGAAUUGAAACCGAGGGACGAGAAUAAUAAAUGUUUCGAAUGUGGUAGUCAUAAUCCACAAUGGGUGUCCGUGACAUACGGGAUCUGGAUAUGUCUGGAGUGUUCCGGCAAGCAUCGCGGCCUGGGUGUUCACUUGUCGUUCGUCCGCUCUGUCUCAAUGGACAAGUGGAAAGACGUGGAACUAGAAAAGAUGAAAGUAGGCGGCAACAGAAACGCUCGUGAAUUCUUCGAGAAGCAACCUGACUGGGACGAGUCCAUGUCUAUCUCGCAACGUUACAAUACAAAGGCAGCCGCAUUGUACAGGGACAAAAUCGCUACACUGGCACGAGGAGAGCCCUGGAGUCCGAGUAAUUCGGCAGCUAAAGAUUUUCAGCCCUCCAUGUACGUUGAAAGCAGACAAGAGCAUUCCUAUCAGAGUGACUUGUCCCAGACUUCCUACCAGAAUAUGGACACAAACAGCCUGAAGACACAAACGGAGUCUUUUUUUACGAGGAAACAGAAUGAAAAUGCAAAUCGUCCCGAGAAUAUACCUCCCAGUCAAGGUGGCAAGUACGGAGGAUUCGGCUACCAAAUGGAUCCACCACCCAAGAGUUCAUCCCAGGAAUUGUUCGACAAUGCAGUAUCUUCAUUAGCAACUGGUUGGUCAAUAUUUUCCUCCUCGGCGUCGAGAAUAGCGAGCAAGGCUACCGAGAAUGCCAUUAAGAUCGGAGGAAUCGCGACACAAAAGGUUCGCGAUGGUACAUUAUUAGAGGAAGUUGGAGCCCAGGUCAAUCAUUUAGCUGCAAAGGUGGGAGAUUUAGGUAGAAGGGGAUGGGGCGACAUCGCUGGGACCAAUUCAGCUGAACAAAACCACUAUGAUUCCACGGACCGGUAUCAAUGUUCCAGUAAUACAUACCAGAAUAAUGACUCUAUACAGACCAAUCGCUCCAACGAAAAGUCGUCUCUCGUGAGAAGUUCCAGUUCGAAGGGUAGUGUUUCGUCUACUGGAGGUUCUUGCAACACCUCGAAUUGCGACUGGGAAUGGGGCAAUGAUACGAAGCAGACGAGCAAGACCUCGAAGAAGCCGACAAAAGAGAAGGAAGAAUCGCUGAUCAGUUUCGAAACAGACAAUAAAGCACAGAACUGGAACUCCAAGUUGGAAGACGACGCCUGGGAAAUAUUAAACAAUUAAUGAUAAUACAACUAGCGCAAAUUAUGGGAGAGAUAUCGAUACAUGUUAACUUGGACAUAUUAACACGUUGACUGCCGCAUUGAUUUUCCCAUUGAUUGUACAAAGACUUAACCGACGGUCGAUUAUUAAGGAGACAUUAAAGAAAUGUAAUUCGAAACGCAUCUCUUUUAUCUCGUUUCAUUGACUCCUUAUUGGUCGUACAGCCGAUUUUUUUUAGAUGCAGUUUAACUAUAUUCUGUACGUAAUUUAACGUGAUGGUAUAUCAUAGUACCAGUCACCAAUGAUCAUCACGACAUUCAACGUGUUAAGAAAAAGACAUGCCUUUAUGUAAGAGAGGAGUUUCUCAAAAGGAAACCCAAUUUUCUAAUAUUCAUAGAAUAGACAGCAAUUUUAUUUUAUAAUUCGCAACGUUAUCAUUAAGUUAUUUACGGUUAAUUAAGAUAAACGAACCUAUUCCUUCAGUCUUGGAACCCUUUCAGAUGAUGCGAUUACUCACACACAUCCAAAAUGUAAAAGUAUCAUGAUGAAAAAGUGUAAAAAAGGACACGAGAUUAUAUAUAACGAUAUUAAAGUAAUUAGAUCUA